UCUCGCUGUCUUUAGUAAUAAAUCACUCCAAGCUGUUCAGACUCUUUAUAAAAGGCAGACUGAGCACACAAUGAACACAGAAGAAGUGUCUGAACUCAGAAGCAGAAUGCGUUCACUCAGUUUUGUCCUAGUUUGGCGGUGUGUAUGUGCAGGGGAGCUGUUGGUGUGCAGGUUAAGGCUGGAGACAGAAUCUUUCCUUUGGAGUCGGUGAAGCAGCUGAAGGUGCUGAUGGAUUUGGAUGACGACAACAUUCACCUUCCCCUCCCUGAGACGGGUGUGGAAGCUGCUUGUGCCAACCCUCUUCUUCCCCGGAUCUUCAGGCCGGUGUGUCGAGGGAGGAGGACAGGGAUUGUUUUCUCCACAUUAGUGAAAUCAUCACGCCCUUGGAUCUCUGUGAAAUAUGUGCCAACCCCUCCUGCUUUGGGUGUCUGCACUGAGGCCACCAUCUGCUAAACACACAAACACAUCAUCCAAGAGUCUCUGGUGGCUUCAUCGUUUAUACUUCCUCCACAUGAUCUCUAUGAAUGAAGGAUUGGCAAAACACUAUCAUGAGAAACCAAGCCUCAUGGGGCUCAGUGGUCAAGGUAUAACAUUGUUAUUGAUGCAUAACAACCACUCAGUCAUAUCACAUUGCAUAAAACACUUGAUAGAUGCUCUUCGUGUAUACAUGGUCUUCAAUAAAAUAU